GUUUUUUACUUUUAAAUCACGCUGACAAGAUUGGGGUUCCAUACAGCGGGCUGCUCUUUCCGAGCAGCCCUUGAAGGUGACACGAUGCUGCGCGCGUAACGGAUUUCCCUGCGCGGCUGCAGCAGCAGUCAGACGGUGAGUCUGCUCCGCCACUUGAUGCCGCUGACCUUGGCUCCUUGGCUGCUGUCGCCUCUCCAGCUUCCACCAUGGCGUCAUCGUCCACAGGGCUGGACGGGGACCGCGCGCUGAGGCGCGGGAGAUCCCGGAGUGACCCGAGCAGCAUCACGGAGGUCCGCGCGGCCGCGGGGGAUGCUCCGGGAGCAGAUGAGAUGGACCAGCAGAGGGCGCUGCAUUCCGGUUGCUUGGUCUCAGGGGUCCGGACGCCUCCCGUCAGGCGUAACAGCAAGCUGGCCAGCUUGGGACGCAUCUUCAAGCCCUGGAAGUGGAGGAAAAAGAAAAAUGAGAAGUUGAAGGCUGCAGGUGUAGAGAAGAAAUCCGCCGUGCGGCCGAGGAGGGACGACUUGGACACUUGGAACCUGGACGAGGCGGAAACAGGAUCAGAUCAGGCCUGCGGGGGUAAAAACGAGGAUCCCGACACCCCCACUCAAUCUGACAGCGAGGACAGAGACGAGGAACCAAUGGCGCCUCUGGCCAACGCCAACGAGGACCUGGGGAGCGACCUGGAAGCCUCUACAGUUCAGGAUGUGACUGAGGAUGUCAACUCAGGGGGUGAUCACAGCCAGAGUGCAGAAGGAGAGGAGGAAAGCAUCUGCGUUAGUGACUACGGCGAGGAGCAGACCGUGGCGAAGGCAGAGAAUGGCGAGGGAAGACGGGAGGAGGUGGCGGUGACCAAGCCACAGAGACGAGCCAGCACCCCUCCUUUGCCAAACCUUCCAGUCAAACUGCUCACCAGACUGGGCAGCCUUGAUGCCGCUCCGCCGGUUUCCGUUAAAAAGUCCCCGGCCACCUUACCCAGGAACUUCACCCUACCCAAAGACCCUCACGGCUCCCUGAUGAGAGGCAGGAUCUCCACACCAACCGGGUCCCCCCACCUGGCGACGAUGCACCAGCAGCUGCCCCCGAGCUGCAUCAUCGAGGAGCUGCACCGCGCCCUGGCCUCCAAACACAGACAGGAGAGGUCAGCCGGCCAAUCGGAUCCAACAUCCAUCUUCCAAACAAAGGAGACGCGUUCCUCGCCGAAGCGCAGGCUGGAAGGUCGUCUGUCCCGCUCGUCCAGCACAGAGAAGGAGCCGACCGGGGAGCCCGAGAGCAAAAAACAGUCUGACGAGAACAAAGAGAACCGCCGCCUGGAUGAAUACUGGAGCGACCAGGACAGCUGGAACGAGUCUGUGAUCUCCGGGACGCUCCCGCGCCGGAUGAAGAAGGAGCUGUUGGCUGUGAAGCUGAGAAACCGACCCAGCAAGCAGGAGCUGGAGGACCGCAACAUCUUCCCCGUCCGCAGCGACCAGGAGCGGCAGGAAAUCCGCCAGCAGAUCGAGAUGAAGCUGGCCAAGAGGCUGAGCCAGAGACCCGCGGUGGAAGAGCUGGAGAGCCGCAACAUUCUCAAGCAGAGAAAUGAUCAGACUGAGCAGGAGGAGAGGAGGGAAAUCAAGCAGCGGCUAAAUCGAAAGCUCAACCAGCGGCCGACGGUGGACGAGCUGCGGGAAAGAAAGAUCCUGAUCCGCUUCAGCGAUUAUGUGGAGGUGGCCAAAGCUCAGGACUACGACCGGCGCACCGACAAACCCUGGACCAGACUCUCCGCCGCUGACAAGGCGGCCAUCAGGAAAGAGCUGAACGAGUUCAAAAGCAACGAGAUGGAAGUCCACUCCUCCAGCAAGCAUCUGACCAGGUUCCACCGACCUUAGCAAGGUUUCUUCUGUGAAGAGUUGCUAAAAUCUGUGGGCGGGGCCUCAGCCUGCCGGUCAGCGCUCGUCCUGACGUCUGGGUCCGGCGAACCUUGGAGGCUAUGUCUCUGAAAUUGGACCUAGCUUGGGUCGGAGGAGCGGCCCCCUGAUGAAGGCCGGGGUGUCGGUCGAAAAAGCAGAAAACUCUUUUGUAAACCGCUUCUGCUGCGGACUUUCAUAUCGACACUGUACAUGUUUUUGUCUUUAUAAGUACUAUUUAUUGUCUGCACAAUACAGCUUUUCAAUUUGUAUCAAA